AGCGUCAUUCAAAGAACAGCCGCUCGACGGCGCUGUUCUAUAGAACAUGCCCGGCACGUCACAGAGCAAACGCGAUCGUCCCAACCGCAACCGUCCCCGGGACGAUCGCCCAAACAGAAGGUCAGAAAAAACAACAACAGAAAACAUGGAAAAGGCAGAGAAAGUGAUACAAGAGGAAGAGUUGUCGCUAGAUAGACCACUAGCACAGAUGUCCCUGACAACACCCGACUCGUCACUCCUGGCUAGCUACAGCUUCCCCACUUCUCACGAGCUCCGCCGGAUUGGGGAACAGAUGAGACUACAGAAAAUAAAGGCACAGAUGGUCCAAGCCGCCAGUAUCCCGAAGAGUAACGUGGUAGUGAAGGAGGACAUCACAGAGUGGAUGGCGCGGCUGUUGGACCUGCACGGUUUCAGCAUAGAGAGGCUCAGCAACGGAUCCUUCCGCGUCAGUUGGUGACGUAGGCAGAUGAAGAACUCGAGGAUAAGUGACGUCACCAGCCAAGCAGGACAGCACAUUAAAGUGUGAUCAAGGGCAUAAAAAGCUCAAUAUCAGAUAAUGGUAGAAUGAUGAACAACAAAAGCAUUCGGUUUAAAAGACCAUAUUUCUGUUUGUUUUCUGAUUGUUCUUACUUAAGUUAAUUCUCAGUAACCUUUUUUUCCGGUAAAAUUGUCCAAGGGCAUGAUUUCAAAAUUACAUGGAUCGAAUAUGACACAGUCAGCAAUAUCAGGUCUAUUAUUUUUACGAUAGAACCAAUAUCUUUGAUUAGAACACUGCUAUAUUCGGGCUAUUUUCUAACCAGUCUUCGUGCGUAUCUUAAAGCGUCUUUGGGAAGAUACUGGUAAAUAUUCGACCCUGAACAAAUAUUAUGACGUCUCUAAUAAAUGUGGUCUUAUCAUCUUUAUAAAAGCAAUAGUCGUGCAGUAUUAUUUAUUCCUAAAGUACUUAACUUAGUAUCAAAUAUACUGCAAAUAUUGAAUAUAGUUUCAAAGUUUAAAGAAUUUUCGACCAACUUCUAGCGGAUACGUAUACCUGAUGUGUUUGGUUAGUUGUAUUCAUACGGCCAACGAGAUAAGCUUUUUUACGUGGCCAAAGUAUGCGCACCCGGGCUGAAAACCAUUUAAGGGCGAAUUUUCAUGGCUCCAAAUAAACAUUGUCUCGCUCGAUGUCGGUACGCAUAGCUAACCUUCACCCCAUUUCAGAAGCUGGUGCGUCGUGCAGUUAUAACGGCUGAUCGACUCAGACUCAGACUGUCCUGAACCAGCUGACAAACCUGUCAGGCCUGGUGCUUAUGUAGCUUUGUGGCAACCACACAGCGGCGGUCUGCGGUCCAAAGUCGUAACACGGUUGAAAGGUCAAAUCACAUUUGUUUGGGGAGGGCAGUGCCUCGGCAGCAAAUGCAAGUCUGGAGAGCGAGGAUUGUUGGUAAAGUUAUCUACCGUACUAAAGGCACACUCAGGUUGACUCCAGGGGUUUGGACAGGAGUAUUAACUGUCUCGGCAAGUGAACAAGCACUUUUCGUUCUUCCGGACUGACGUCAUCAAAACACAAUCAUGUCGAUGAACCCACAGCCGGACGACACGCAGGUGGGAGUUGACGUCACAGAAUUGUCGAACCUGACACCUGUAAAAGACGUUGACCUUGAAGAAACAGAAAAGGAAGUGACCAAUGAAACGACGAAACCACCGCAUGUGCACGGCAACGUAGUUACGAAAACUCUCUCAGAUUGGAGCGCCGCAUACAAAACCUUCUUAUUCACUCACAAGAGAACGAUCAAACGGGUUUUUGUAGCGCUGUUGAUUCUCCUGUACGUGGCAUUCCUGAUCUCCGCUCUGGUGUUGAACUUCUGUCAGUCCUUCGCACUUCUGGUAAUGACCUUGGUGGUGCUGGUUUACCUCAUGUACGCGCAUGCGCGGGACAGAUGGGGCCCUAAAAUCGCAGAGAACUAUUUGAAGCCUUGUGUAAGGACAGUAAAACCGUCAUGGAGAUACAUGAAAUGGUUGGUGCUCUUGGGAGCUCUGCUAUGUAUCGGUCUGUUUCUGGGUUUAGAGACUGCCAAAUAUCCGGACCAGCUCGUCUCCAUAGGAGGCUACGUCACCAUCCUCCUCAUCUGUUUCCUGUGUUCCAAGCAUCCUGGGCAGGUGAGAUGGAGACCUGUGCUGUGGGGUCUCGCACUGCAGUUCUGUCUCGGUCUCUUCGUCCUGAGAACUUCUGUCGGGUUCGAGACCUUCAACUUUCUGGGUGAGAAGUUCGAAGGUUUCAUCAAGUUUGCCGACGAAGGUUCGGCGUUCGUGUUCGGUGACCUUCCCGUGGUGACCAGUCCUUCUGGCAACCUGACUGACCUGACACUGACAAAGGCGUACUUGGUCCACAAUGUUGCCUUCCAGGUGAGUUCAGUAUAUAUCAAUUAUUACCCAAAUCUAUAA